AUGACGUCAUACAUCAUUAAGGAUACGAUCCGAGAUUUUAAAGCAAAAUAUGGACAUCUUGAUGGCAAGUCCCCACAAUACCAAUCAACGUUUCAAUCAUUGUUCAAGUGGGAAUUAGCCAUGGAUAAUGCCAUAGCUUUGGCAAAGCCUCCACAUGUCGAUCAUUAUAUGAACUAUGUGAAAAAGGUCAACUCGGAUUUUGAAUCAAGCCUUAACACUUGGUUUCCAUCAUGUUGUGAAACGUUAGAUAAGGAAGACAAAAUUUUGAAGGAAUGGUACAGUCAUCCAAACAUUCCUGACUUCAUGAGCAUGACCAAACAAGAACUCAUUGAAGUUUGCAAAAAAAUACCUCCUCAUCCGCGGUUGGAUGCUUCAAUUCAGGGAGUGAUUAACUGUAUUGAAAAGUGUGACAAGUUGUUGCAAUACAUCAAGUUGGUGAAGGAUUAUUAUUGCAUUUCAAAUGGAGUAUUUAAUCCAACAAAAGAGCUUGCUGAAAGAAUCCAACGACGCAAUUCAAAUUCAAUGUUUGUUGACAGCGACAUGAAUACUGAUUGGGAUUUUUAUGAAAAAGUUUCUGCUUGGUUGCGACCAUGUGAAUUAUGUGACGAUCCUCAAUUGUUCUUUGAAGGAGUCGACAUUCAAGAUGUACGACAAGGGGUGUUAGGAAAUUGUUAUUUUUUGGCAGCAGUUUCGAAUUUAGCGUACCGAAAUCCUCGAAUUAUUAAGGACAUGUUCAAAGAGUAUGACACGAAACAAGGAAAAGUAAUUGUUCGAUUUUGGAAAGACGGAAAAGAAGUUUUAGUCACCAUUGAUGAUCGUCUUCCUUUUGGUGGAUGGGGCAAAGUUUUAGGAGCAAGAUCUGCAACUGUCAAUGAAUUUUGGAUUAGCCUGUUGGAAAAAGCAUUUGCCAAGUUUAUGGGAAGCUACAAGCUCAUUGGACAUGGAGGUCAAUCGGACGUUGCUUUCUGCUAUUUGACAGGAGCACCUCCAGCGUCUGGUCUGACCGUGACACCAAACUCUAAUCAACUCGAUGUUUGGCGCUUCUUAAUGGAUGUCUACAAACGAGGCGAUGUCAUCUUUGUUUAUUCUCCUCAAAAUUACAAGGAAAUCGAAAAGGUUAGCGGAAUUAAGGAAUAUCAUGCAUACGCCAUUUUAGAUUUGGUUAAAGUAGAAGACGAAGAUAAGAUACAUCGUUUGGUCAAAUUAAUGAAUCCUUGGGGUUUCAUGGGAAGCGAAUUUACAAAAGAACAAAUCAAGCAAAAUUUUUCUAGUCUCGAAUGGAAUGGUCGUUAUUCGGAUCACAGUACGGAAUGGACCCCACGACUCAUCAAGAGAUUGAGUGUCGAGUUCAAAGAUGAUGGGGUAUUUUGGAUGUGCAUUGAAGAUUUCAUUCAUCAUUGGAGAGAUGUCAAAGUCAACAAAUUUUCUCAAGUUUAUGAUUCGUUUUAUUGA